AACCCCUUUUGCCUUCCUCCCCAAGCCUGCUCUACUAUCACCUCCUCUUUUUCGUUCCAUCGCCAGCCGCCGCCACAAUCGGAGCUCAGAGACAACAGAGGAGAAACCGAAUCAAAGAAUUCUCUUGAAAGUACCCGAAGAAACGCUAGGCGAGGAGAAGAAGAAGAGAACGCAUCGCCAUCGCCAUGGCCCGAUAUGACCGCGCCAUCACGGUCUUCUCCCCCGACGGCCACCUCUUCCAGGUGGAAUACGCCCUCGAGGCCGUCCGCAAGGGCAACGCAGCCGUCGGCGUCCGCGGCACCGACACCAUUGUUCUCGGCGUGGAGAAGAAGGCCACACCCAAGCUCCAAGACUCCAGAACGGUGAGGAAGAUCGUGAGCCUGGACAACCACAUCGCGUUGGCCUGCGCCGGGCUCAAGGCCGACGCCCGGAUCCUCAUCAACCGGGCCCGCAUCGAGUGCCAGAGCCAUCGCCUCACGGUGGAAGACCCGGUCACCGUCGAGUACAUCACCCGCUACAUCGCCGGGCUCCAGCAGAAGUACACCCAGAGCGGCGGUGUAAGGCCCUUCGGCCUCUCGACCCUCAUCAUCGGCUUCGAUCCCUACACCGGGGUGCCCGCGCUCUACCAGACGGAUCCCUCGGGUACCUUCUCAGCCUGGAAGGCCAAUGCCACCGGGAGGAACUCCAACUCCAUGAGGGAGUUCUUGGAGAAGAAUUACAAGGAGACUUCUGGGAAGGAGACAGUGAAGCUGGCAAUACGAGCACUGCUUGAGGUUGUUGAGAGUGGAGGAAAGAACAUAGAAAUUGCUGUGAUGACAAGAGAGACGGGUCUUCGUCAACUUGAUGAAGCUGAAAUUGAUGCGAUUGUUGCUGAGAUUGAGGCGGAGAAAGCUGCAGCUGAGGCUGCUAAGAAAGCCCCUUCUAAGGAAACUUGAUGUUGGAUUUUUUUCGUGAAAUCCAGGAACUUUUUUGUUUUUCAUUGCUUGUUCUUCAUAUUUCAGAACCUUUUAUUUUUAUUUGUGAGCUGGAUGCUGGGGUAAGAUAGUGAACUCAUAGCUGGAUGGCGUACCAAAAUAUGCUGCCAAUUCCUCCAGACAUCUUGAUCAGUUGUUAAUUGUGUGGUCAUCCCUUAAUUAUCUAGCCAGGUUUGCUUCCCACCAUAUUGGUUUUUGCGAGAAAAAGAGUUAAAGCCCCAGCUACUUCAUCAAGAUGAUAAAAGAUGCAAUGAGCACAAAUAAAGAGGAAUGGGGGAAUCAGACGGUACAAACACAAUGUUGGGAUGAUAUUUUCUGUGGCAGCUGUACGUAAUUAAAAGCUGCUAAACAUGUCAAGCAUACGGCCUCAUACCAUCUGAUGUUUGGUGACCUUAGUAUUAAAGAUAUAUUUGAAAACGUCA